AUUUGAUUGGUAGUAAAUUAAUUUUCUGUCUUUUUGUCACACAGCAUAAAGAAACAGGAAGUAAAUGACCUGCAGACACAUUGCAGCUGAAAAUCACAUUUACAUGGAACAAGAUUAAAAUCAUGUCAUCCUCCAGUGGUCCACUGAUUGAGGAGCUUCAGUGCACUAUAUGUCUGGACGUGUUCACUGAUCCAGUCAGCACUCCAUGUAGACACAACUUCUGCAAGACCUGUCUGAAUAAACACUGGGACAACAGCCAGACCUGCAACUGUCCAUAUUGUAAAGAAACAUUCAACCAAAGACCUGAUCUCAAGAUUAAUACCACACUCCAAGAGUUUGUAGAUCACUAUAAAAAGAAAAGUCCUGAGAAAAAAACUGAAGUUCUCUGUGACUAUUGUGAAGAAACACAGCUGAAAGCCCUGAAGUUGUGUCUGGUGUGUCAGAGCUCUUACUGUGAAACUCACCUGCAGCCUCAUUUGAGAGUGGCAAGUUUAAAGAAACACAAACUGAUGGAUCCUGUGAGUAAUCUGGAGGACUAUAUAUAUCAGAAACAUGAGAGACCUCUGGAGCUGUUCUGUAGAGAUGAUCAGACAUGUGUGUGUCUGAUGUGCACUGCAACAGACCACAAGAACCACAACACUGUUCCUGUAGAGGAAGAGAGUGAAGAGAAGAAGACUCAACUGCUGAAAGACGUGCAGCAGAUGAUCCAGGACAGAAUCAAGAAGAUUCAAGACAUCAAACACUCAGCAGAAGUCAGAAAAAUAAACACAGAGAAGGAGAAAGCAGCCCAUGUUGAGCUCUUCACUGAUCUCAUCCGCUCCACUGAGAGAUGUCAGACUGAACUGCUGGAGAUGAUGGUGGAGCAGCAGAAAGCAGCAGAGAAACAGGAGCAGAAGUUAACUGAAGAGCUGGAGCAUGAGAUCAUUGAGCUAAAGAUGAGUAACACUGAGCUGGAGCAGCUCUCACACACUGAAGAUCACCUCCACCUCCUACAGAUUUAUUCAUUGCUGUGCAGCCCUACAAACACCAGGAGCUGGCCUGAGAUCAGAAUGAAAACUGAUGAGAGUCUGGAGAAUCUGAGGAAAGCUCUGACUCAACUGCAGGAAACUCUAGAUGAGAAACUCAUGCAAACUGUUUCUACAGAGCUGAAGUGGAUGCAGCAGUAUGCAGUGGAUGUGACUCUGGAUCCAGAUACAGCUAAUCCAUAUCUCAUCCUGUCUGAUGACAGAAAACAAGUGAGACAUGGAGAGAUUAAACAGAAACUCCCUGAAAACCCAAAGAGAUUUGAUAGAGAUGUCUGUGUCCUGGGAAAGGAGGGAUUCUCUUCAGGGAGUUUUUAUUUUAAGGUGCAGGUGAAGGGAAAGACUGAAUGGGAUUUAGGAGUGGCCAGAGAAUCCAUUAACAGGAAGGGAAAGAUCCCACUGUGUCCCAGUUAUGGAUACUGGACUGUGUGGUUGAGGAAUGGGAAUGAAUAUGCAGCUCUCUGUGAUACCCCUGUCUCUCUGUCUCUGAGAGUGAAGCCGCAGCGGGUCGGUGUGUUUGUGGAUUAUGAGGAGGGUCUGGUCUCCUUUUAUGAUGUGGAGUCCUGCUCUCAUAUCUACUCUUACACUGGUCAGUCGUUCACUGACAAACUCUAUCCAUAUUUUAGCCCAUGCAACAAUGAUGGAGGUGAAAACUCAAGCCCACUGAUCAUCACACCUGUCAUACAUGAAUUUACACGCUUAACUGCAGUAGAAACACUAGAUAAAAAUAAGGAUUAUGAUGAUUAUGAUUAAAAAUCAGAAACCUUUAAUAAUGUGUGUGCUGCUUCUCAGGUGAUAAAAUAUUUUUUUCAUGCCUUAUUUAACAGUAAAAAUGUCAUUCUUAUUUUAAAAUGCUAUUUUUUUCAACACUUAUGGUUUUUUCAACACCAUUUUCCCAUCUUUUCCUGUCAAAGUGAAAUUGCCUAUAAAAUGUUUAUGUAAAAAUUAUAUUAAAAACCAAACUAUUAAAUCUUCGAUAAACGGUUUUAUAAAGGUUAUUUCAGUCAUCUGUUACAAAAUGUUCUGUGAUAUUACUGAGACAUCAGUAAAUGAAAAUAGUAGUUACUGUGAGAGAAUGGCGUCCUCUACUGGAGACUUUUGGAAAUUACUGUAUAUGUAAUCCAAGACUAAAAUAUAGAGGACUCAAGUGAUUUGUACAUUUAUAACGUGAUUAUUAAUGUAUGUUUUUAGUAAUGUUUCUACAUAUUUCAGCGUAGUUACAUU